AUGAGGCAAGGACAGCCAACUGGGAUCAACAUGAGGAACAAAUUGCAGCUCCAGGCAAUUCCCUUCUUCCUUUUACUUCAGUACACUACAUGUUGUGAAGAUCUCCUGUGUUCUGUGGACUAUGUACAAACUCUGACGUGUGUCCAGAAAACUGACCUCAGUGAGACUUUGUAUAAUCUCACUGCAACUUGGCUCCUUGAAGAAGAGAUGAAAAUUUCUGAGCACUUCUGCAAUCUCCACCAGUCCUCCAGAACUGCUACUCACACUCAGUACACAUGCUCCAUGGACCUGAAGGAAUUCACUUCUGAUGACAAGUUCAGAGUAGAUGUAACAAAGCUAGCUGAUGGGCAAUACACAACUUCCAAAGCAUGCAGUGAAUUUCUUCUGAGCAAGAACAUUAAACCGUACCCUCCGUUCAAUCUGACUGCCGUGUUUUCAGAUGGAUAUAACAUCUCUUGGAAAACCAUCUAUCAGAACUCUCUGUUUUACUUUUUGGAUGAUGAGCUGGAAUAUGAGCUGCGGUAUAAGAAGAAGAGUGACACCUGGGAGAAUCAGAAGAGUAAAGUGAUACCAGAGGACGAGCGAAGCGUGGUGCUCCUGCCACUGGAAUUCCAGAGGGACACAGACUAUGAGUUCCAGGUGCGAGCCAAGCCCCGGCCUGGCUCUGACUACCUGGGGGUUUGGAGUGAAUGGAGUUCCCUGCUAACCCUGAAAACUGAACCUGAGGAGAGCCCAGGAGUGCGAUGGCUGGUGUCGCUGCUCGCCUUUGCUCUGGUCGCUGUCUCCGUCACAGUGUUUCUGACCAAACACCAGAGCAUAUGGAAAAAGCUGGGGGGUUUCAUCCCGGAUCCUGCUCCCUUUUUCAAACCACUUUACGUGGUACACAACGGAGAUUUCAAGAAAUGGGUUGGUGCAUCCUGUACCAAAGCAACACUGGAUUUCUUUGAGUGGGGGAUUGUCCUUCCAGAAGUUUUAGAAGUUUACAGCAAACACCUUUCCCACAACACUGCUGCUGAGGAGCUGAAAGAACUCAAUAAAGAUCACCCUCGCAAGACCUGCGUGUCUUGCCUGGCCAUGCACGGUCAGGACAGCCAGUCCCGUCUGUCCAGUUUGAACAGUAGCAGUGGGACACAGGACCAGUCAUAUGGUCAUCUCUCUAUUGACACUGUAACUGUGGCUGAUGAAUUUACACCUUGUUACUCACAAUGCAAUUGUAACAAUGCUCACAGGGAUCAUGAGCAUCUGGAUGCUGAUGGAGAGGAUGGCUACCCCAAGGUUAAUCUUGACGGUGAUAACAGUGAAAUUUCCAGCAGUUUGCCUCUGGCUGCCCUGAGUGCACAAGAUAACAUAAUUUCCUCGGGCUCCGUGUCUAUGGAGCACUCAUGGAGGAAUGCAAGUCCCUCGGUGCACCAUCUGAUGGCAGAGGCCCUGGGAGGAGGGAUGGGGAGUAUUUUAGAGGCCCUUUGCCUGCAUCAUGAGCAGUGGGAUUUAGAAAGUCCAGCUUCUCUGCCUUCUCCAGAUGGUGAAAGUGUUUCCUAUAGCGAUGGCCCUUACGACUUUUUCUCUCCUAAUACACGAACUGGUGAUGGUUACCCAGCAAUUUGCCUAGAUUUAGACACCAUUGACAGUGGAUUUGUGGACUCAGAUUGUGGGAGUCCAAUCGAGUGUGAAUUUGAGAAAAGCAGUCAGACCAAUUCAGGCUGUAGUUCUGGAUCCAUCACACUCGAAAAUGAAGGAGAGGACUUCCCACGGAGUUACGUCAAACAGUGGGUCUCCUGUCGCUCUGCCACACCGCCCAGUGGGACGCAGACAAACUAA